AUGGCGGACCACCUCACCGUCCUCCUCCUCCGGGACGACGAAGAAGCCCAACGGUCCAGCGCCGAAAAGGAAGCCCCCGAAAAGGGAGAAAAGGGCGACUCCCCCGAGACCAUGGACGCAGACAUGCCGGACCCCGAAGAAGUCGCCCCCUCAGACGGCGAGCCCCCGCCUCCGCCAUACGGCGCCGGUCGUCGAGCCGGCCGAUUCCACCGAGGCGGCCACGGCUGGCGACGCGGAGGCGGAGGCCGCGGCCACCACGGCGGCUGGGCGCCACGACACUGCCCCCGCGGCAGCUCGUUCGACUUCCCCUCCAUGAUGAGAGGCUUCAUGAACCACCCCUUCUUCCAAAGCGUGCGCGACCAAGCGGAGCGCCACCGCGCCAACGACGCCGACGCCGACGCCUUCCAGCCCCCGGUCGACAUCUUCACCACCGAGUCGUCCUACGUCGUGCACGUCGCGCUGCCCGGCGCAAAAAAGGACGACAUCGGCGUCAACUGGAACCCGGACACCAACACGCUCAGCGUCGCGGGCGUCGUCCACCGGCCCGGCGACGAGGCGUUCCUGCAGGGCCUCGUGUCGGCCGAGAGGCGAGUGGGCGUCUUCGAGAGGAACAUCACGCUGCCGCCGGCGGGCGUGGCCGACAAGGACAGCGUCGACGGCCUGGGCAUCACCGCUAGGAUGGAGGACGGGGUGUUGGUCGUGGUCGUGCCCAAGCUGGAGAGGGAGUGGACUGAGGUUCGCAAGGUCGAUGUCCAGUGA